CGCCCGUCUCCAGCGACUCAUUCCACUCGAGACUCUUCCAUUCUAUAUCUUUUCUGCUGUGCAUUGCGCAUCUUGCCGCUGCAGCCUUACCCUUUGUUCCCCACCCAAACUACACAACCAUGAGCAUGGACGCUGGCGGUCUUGCUCAAAUGUCCUACAACAACUUCCAGACCCAGGGCUUCGGCAACCCGACCUCGAGCUUUUCGUCUCGCGGCAAGGGCGCUGCUUUGAAGCGUCUCAGCGUCGCCUCCCCGCCCAAGGUCGCCUCUAUCGCCGAGAACGAGGUCCAGACUCCUCGCACCAGCCGCUCUCAUCUGCUGGCCGGCCUGCGCACUGCUCCCAAGACGCCUUCGUCUGCCCAGCCCCCUGCGUCGGCGCCCUACAACCAGCGCCAGCACAACAUCGGCGGCAACCAGACCAACCGCCUGUCCAGGAACUUCAACCAGAACGGCCCGCAGACCGCCGUCGGUUCCGGCUUCAGCGGUGCCUCCCAGUACGGCCAACAGCAACAGCAGCAGCAGCAGCACAUGCUGUACGACCAGGUCCUGGCUCCUCCUACGAUGCAGUACGACGACGGCGAGAUGGAUCCCGCUGUUGCUGCCCAGCUCCUCGCCACUGAGGCCUACCUUGCCCAGAGGCAGCAGCAGCUCCAGCAGCAGCUUCUCGCCCUCACCGCCCAGCAGUUCGGCAACAUGGGCCUCAACGGCAUGCGUCAGCAGCAGUACCCUGCUACGCCCUUGACCAACGCCUACGGCCAGCAGUUCCAGCAGAGCGCUCCUGCUGUGCAGGAGACCGGCCAGCCUGGUGUCUACCUCGUCUUCAACCAGUUGACCGGCCAGUACCAGUACGUAGUCGACCCCAUGUACCAGCAGGAGGAGAACCUGUCGCACUCCCCGCCACCGCCAACUCCCGGAUAUGCGCACUCUCCUCCCAAGGUCGACACUCCUGUCCUCCACGUCUCUCCUCCCAACGAGGUCAACCCCAACCCAUGGGCACGCAGCACCUCGCCUCCCAAGAAGUCGUCGACACCCCCUCAGGAUGUCGUUCCUCUCCCGCCGCCAUCUGCGAACGCCUUCCGCCGUGGCCACAAGAAGCAGCCCUCAUCGCUUGCGAUUGACUCCAGCGCUGAAAUGCCUGCGGGUCCCAAGUCUGCCUUCGUCCGCUCGGUUGGCUUCCCCGCUACUCCCAUGACCGGCACCUUCGGACCUGGUCAGGCGCGUGCUGGUGAGCACCCCGUCCGUCAGCCCCGUGGACCACCUUCGAUCGAAGAGCUCAAGGCCAGUCCUACCUCCAAGCACGAGGGUAGCAAGAACUUUGCCGCUCGCCAGCGCCGCCAGGCAAUCAGCAACCUCGUCCGUGCCGGCAUCGGCCGUCGUGGCCAGCGCACCGCCAGUGGCAGCUCUUCUCCGGCGAGCGAGAACUUCCCCUCCUCAGACAACGAUUCAGACAGCGUCCGCAGCGGCGGCAGCGGCAGCCUUUCCGGCAGGCCCAGCAUCGGCAGCCUUCGUGCUGUUGCCAACGGCGCCAUCGGCUCUGAGCGUCAGGCUUCGAAGGAGCGCUCUCGCGGAACCUCCAUCGACCGCUCUUACACUGCCACCAGUGUGAGCAGCGAGGAGGGCUUUGUCGAGGUCCGCCCCACCCUUGUCCAGCGCCGCUCAACACCCAAGCUCAUCUUCACCAGCGCUGAGAAGCGCAAGAGCACCAUGUUUUAGACGUCUGGAAGAUACAUCACUAGGAGCCAGCUUCCUUUGUGCAUAUCACUGAGAUAUCUUAUGAUGUCACAGUCUUACGGCC